AUGUUUGGCUCUGUAGACCAAAAUCCCGACACGUCACCGGUUGUAACCGAGGUACUGGGAAAAGCAUCUGACGUGCCUCCAGGAACGAAAAAGGAGUUCAGGGUCAGACAGAAGCCAAUAUUGGUUAUCAACGACAACGGGAAAUUCUAUGCCACGUCUGGUCUUUGUGCUCACUACGAAUAUCCGCUAGAAAAAGGUAUCUAUUCACAUGGUAAAAUUCGAUGUGUACUUCAUGGAUCAUGUUACAAUGUUAAAACCGGUGACAUAGAGGAUUAUCCAAGUUUCGACAGCCUGCACACUUACGAGGUGAAAGAGGACGGGGAAGGGGAUCUCGUUCUGACUACGACUGAAAAACAACUGGAAUCGGAAAGAAGGACUCGAAUGUGCGGCAUCAAAACGCUAUCCAACGAAACUCCUAUUAUAGUAGUUGGUGGA